UAUGAAAGCGCAAGCGCAAAUACUAAAAACAGCUGUUUCUUGACCAUGUUAUUGCACUUAUAUUGAAUGUGUUUUGUAGAAUAUUUCUAUUACUAGUGAACAUUCUGAACUUCAGUUAUGUAUGUCGUUGAUACUUCCAUAGGGAGUAUUGAAACUAUGAAAAUUACAGUAAUAAACUCUAGUGGGUUCUAUUGGGUUGUAGAUGUUUUACCAGAAUUUACUAUAGACAAAUUAAAAUUGAUGGCAUUAAGCCAUUUUUUCAAUCCCAUUGACAGUAUCAAGGUAUCUGAUCGCUAUAAAUUAAUUCUAGUUUCUCAAAAUAGACCUCUUCCCGAUGAAAGCACCAUAAGAGAUGAAGAAAUACGAGAGAACGAUGAGCUAUUAUUACUGAGAAGAAGGCCUCUUUCAAUUCUUCCAAGUGAAUCACAAGAAGAGAAAGAAGAAAAGUGCCGAGGCCCAACUGAAGCUGAGAUACAAAAAGAAACAGCAAAUCUGCAUUCAAAAAACAUCGAGAAUUCAAUUGAAAAUCCUCCUGUGCCUGUUGACUUUCAUACUGAGCUUAGAAAAAUUCUAGUGUCCCUUGUAAAAGUAUCUGAGAAACUGCUGCGAUACCAUCCUGAAGUUGUGGCAUUGUUUAAGGAGAUGACUGAAAGCGAGGAAGCUAAAGAAGUAGUCCAUGUGGAUAAAACUUCUUUGAAGCAGCUGACAGACAUGGGGUUUCCCGAAAGUAAAGCAUUUGAUGCUUUAAAACAGAAUAGCAAUGUGUCAGAUGCAAUGGAUUGGCUUCUAGCUCAUUCUGUUGAUGGUGGUUCAUCGAGCAGUGAACCUGUUCCCAAAUCUAGUUCAUCUCCAACUCCUUGUCGAAAAUUUUCAAAACUAAAUGUCUCAAAAAUUGUAGAAAAGCCUGCACCUGUAAAUACUCAGAAAGAACAAACAGAGCUGCCUAGUACAUCACAAGGAGCUACUGCCAGUAGUGAAGACAGUAGAUUAGUGGAAAUGAUCCAGUGUUUUCGUGCAUAUAAAAGAAAAGUUUUUAGGCCAAGCACUGCUGCUUUAGCAAAUUUGAAGGAAAUGGGAUUUGCCGAAGCAGACAUUUUAGAUGCCUUAAGAAUGAAUGGAAAUGAUCAAGACUCUGCUUGUGACUGGCUUCUGAGUGAUAAAAAACCUAAUUUUGAAGAUGUUGAAGGUUUAGAUCCUGAAGGUCCCAUUUACAAGUCCAUAAUGUCUAAUGCCGUUGUUCAACUAGGUCUCAGCAAUCCAAAGACAUUUUUAGCUCUCCUUCAUAUGCUGGAGAAUCCUACCAGUGCCUGCCGGUGGCUUAGCGACCCAGAUAUAGCACCUGUUCUAAGUCAAAUAUUUCGCAUAUAUCACGCUGAAAAACAUUCACUGCAAUUAGCCAGGCCAUUUCCCCAGUAAUAAUAGCCUGCAUAAUUUUGACAUAAUGUAAAUAUUAGGUUUAUUAAGGUGCAUAGCUUGAAUUUAUUUUAAAGUCAAGAGAAAGUGUGGUGACUACUGUGAAUCAAGGUACAUAACGUUUUUUAGAAGAGUAAAAGAUGACCAAGUGAUAACCAUUUCCUUCAAAGAAAAGGGCACCUUUCACAGUUGUUUUUAUUCCUAAUUAAUUUAUCAAUUCAUUAUUUAUAUUUGAGUUGGAGCGUUAUCAAUAUUUAUAUUUGUAGCAAAAGGUAUGGACAGUGUGUUUGUAUAAAACAAAUUAUUAAGUGAAAUAGUUUUGGUAUAUGUUUUAUGUAAACCUGAAAAUCCAUAUAAAAUAAUAACUAUUAAUAUUUUUAGGAGGCAUUAACAUUCUUUUCCACCAGUUACAUUGUUAUUCUGUCUUCAUAUGAAUUCAUUACUUUUUUACCAAGCAAAAAUGACUUAAAGUUCAAAUUAGAAAGCUAGUUAUAAAAUUUAUUAGUUAAUUAUUAUAAAAGUUAAUUUUAGAUUAUAUGGAAUAAGUAUGAACCUGAAAAUUACUCAUUGGCCUGGAGACUGUAUACUUGUCUUUCAUUACUUAUAGGUGUAUCUCCUAUUAUAAAAAUCUGAUAGUUAAAACACCUUUUGAAGCAAUAUUUUUAAAGCAGUACAGUAAUCAGGUAUUAUAAUUUAACACAUUUACAAUCAUACAAUUGAAUAGUUCAUUUAAACUUUUUUUUUUUUUUUCUGUAAAAUUUAGAUUAUUUGCAUACUGUAUAGUAUUAAAAAAAAAAUGAAGUUAAUGGAAGGUGAUAAUGAAAAGGGGUGAAUAAUAAUUAAUCAUUGCAAAUGUUUAGCAUCUGUCUAAUGAUCUACAGCACUCAGAUUUUUGAAUCUAUGAGAAAUUUUUUGUAAUUGAAGUUUAUUUUAUGAAGUCUAUUAGAUCUGAAAACAAACUGCUGAUGUACAAAUUAAAGGAUAGUGUAGGAAAUUUAAUAUUUAUAGCUAUGUAUGAAAGGAAGUGAAAUGCAAUUUUAAAGAACUUUAAAAGAGGUAUAUUACUCUAUUUGUGGACUGUAGAAUUGUCCAGUAACUCAAAGAGAAAUUACUCAUAUGAUAACAGAAAGGAAAAAUUAAAGUUAUUGUUGUUUCAAACAUUAAAUACAGUAUAUUAUCACAUCAAAUUAAUAUACAAUGCUGGCAACAUUUUUCCAUGGUGGUCUCAUUUUUCUGUCAAUUUUAAAUGCCCCUGUAUUUUAAGGGAUUAAUUUGUAUUUCUGCAAGAUCCUUGUUGGGGGUUGGCAUUCUGCAAUUCAGUAUUCUAAGGUAUCCUAGGCAUGUUUAAUAGGGUACGAGUCUGGUGAGUCUUUGACCAAACAAGUUCAAUGAAGGCUGGCAUUAUCAUCCAUUAGGUGGAGCUUGGGUUUAGCACCUUUUAAUGUGAUAGAAAAGCAAACUGCAUUUAUAAAAAUUCACUUUUUCCUAUUAUCUGAUGAAAUGUUGAUGAAAGUUUGUCAAAAAUCACUUUUCAAACUGUAAGAUGUUUGAUCUCAGGAGAGAAUGUCCUGUACUACAAAAGUGCUUUCAUGUUGAGAUGAUACUUUUUUUGAAAAUUAUUUAAUUCUAUGUAGAUCUGGUAACGAAUGAUGCCUUUGCAAUUGGCCAAACAACAACAACAACGGUAGUUGUUGUAGCUCAUCUGAAAUAUGUCUCUGAGUGGCAGUACCUUAACCUUUUGAAGACGGGAUAGCCAUUAUAGUGGCCAUAGAGUCCUUUCUUUGAAAAGACGGGGUUGUCCACUUUAGUGGCCAUGUCUUUUCCCCCCAUUUUCCAGGCUGAAAAGUGGGAUC